CUGAGGAGCGUCACACCUGUGUGCAGUUUGAGGCGCUAAUGACUUCAGGCUGUACAUCUGUGGUGUUGCUGUCUUCGGCUGUUUGUUCCUCAGGAGAUCCCUGCUCAGCCUGAUCCCAAUCUGCUGCUGCUGCUAAUGCUUAUUCCACCAGAGCAGAGGAACAGGAUCUGUAUACUUGCCACACACCUGAGACGGCUAGCAGCAGCUGACCCAGAAUCAUGGACGCCAUCUUCCAGUUGCUGUUCUCACCUCUUCCGACCUCAGUGGUUAUCUCCCUGAUUGCGGUCGGCGUUGCGACCCUGUUUUACCUCAACGCCCGGCCCAAUCCGGUCCGCAGCCCAGCCGACCUCAACCGCCAGACUCUGGGUGUCAAGGAUGGUGCAAGAAAAACGGCCAUGUUGGAGGACAACAACAACCUGAUGUCAUAUCGCUACAAUGAUGCAAAAACCCUGUAUGAGGUCUUUCAAAGGGGCACCAAGGUUUCAGGUAACGGACCAUGUCUGGGCUAYAGAAAGCCUGGGAAGCCUUACCAGUGGCUAAAGUACAAACAGGUGUCUGACAGGGCACAGUAUCUGGGGUCAGGACUCCUUCACAAAGGUUUGAAGCCCAAUUCUGAAACAUUCAUCGGCAUCUUUGCUCAGAACAGACCUGAGUGGAUUAUUGGUGAGAUGGCGUGUUACACGUACUCCWUGGUAGUGGUCCCCCUGUACGACACUCUGGGUCCUGAGGCUCUCGUCUUCAUUAUCAACCAAGCUGGAAUCUCUACGGUGCUCUGUGACAACCAGAAGAAAGCAGAAGCGCUGCUUCUGAACCAGGAAAAAGGCCAAACUCCAGUUCUCAAAACUGUUGUGCUCAUGGACUCAUUCAGCCCCGAGUUGAUCGAGCGAGGAAAGAAGUGUGGUGUGGACAUCGUGUCCAUGGAGGACUUGGAGGCACUGGGAAAAAAUAACCUUCAAAAGCCAGUAGAGUCUCUGGGGGGCCGUGUGAGGAUGAUGGUGACUGGCGCUGCACCCAUAUCACCAUCUGUUCUCAGCUUCCUCAGGGCUGCUCUAGGCUGCCAGAUCUUUGAAGGAUACGGUCARACAGAGUGCGCAGCUGCCUGCACCUUCACCUUACCAGGAGAUGCCACUGCUGGUCAUGUUGGUGUGCCUCUGCCUUGCAAUUUUGUGAAGUUGGUUGAUGUGGAAGAGAUGAACUACUUUGCUUCAAACGGUGAAGGAGAGGUGUGCAUUAAGGGCACAAAUGUAUUUAAGGGCUACUUGAAAGACCCAGAAAAGACUGCAGAGGCCUUGGACAAGGAUGGCUGGCUUCACACUGGUGAUAUUGGUAAAUGGCUUCCGAAUGGAGUCUUGAAGAUUAUUGAUCGUAAAAAGAACAUCUUCAAGCUGGCUCAGGGAGAGUACAUCGCCCCGGAGAAGAUCGAGAAUGUGUAUGUCCGCUGCGGCCCUGUGGCCCAAGUGUUUGUGCAUGGAGACAGUCUGCAGUCGAGUCUGGUUGCCAUUGUGGUACCUGAUGCUGAUGUCCUGCCAGGUUUUGCAAAAAGUCUUGGCAUCCAAGGCUCCAUUGAAGAACUCUGCAAGAACACAGAAGUUAAAAAGGCCAUAAUCACAGAUAUGACCAAACUAGGAAGAGAAGCAGGUCUGAAGUCAUUUGAGCAGGUGAAAGACGUGCAUCUCCACCCUGAGCUCUUCACCAUCGAGAACGGCCUGCUGACUCCCACCCUGAAGGCGAAGAGGGCUGAGCUCAAAGAGCUGUUCCAGCCACAAAUUGACAAACUUUAUGCUGACAUCCAAUAAAUUAACCYUAAGAAACAGAAAA